GAAGAUAUGGGGAUACGCUUUUGGAUGCGGGAAACGGCUCCGCUCUUUUGGCCUCUCUCUGUUUUUCUUCGUUGCUUUUCCACCUCUGGGGCCUUCGUAUCGCUAUCUUCUUUCUCUUUCAAGCAAAAGUUAAGGUUUCAGACCACUGUACACCUUCCACUGUGAGAAAUUUUCCGGAGGAAACGCCAGAAAAAUUUCGAUUUUCUGUCGAAAUCCGAGCUGCUAGGAGCUGAGGUUCCAAAUGCUGAAUCUGAGAAAGUCAUUUCUCCUUCUCUAGCUUCUCUGGUUUUCAGGAUUAAGGAAUGAAGAACACAACACGUCUUCUUCAUAUCCGACUCCAAAAGCUCUUUCCACGGAAAAAAAGAAAGCAAGGGAGUCGAAACUCGAAAGGAGGAUACAUACUUCCUCUUCUCCGCUUUUGAUCAAACAAACUAAUGCCGGGAAAGGGUACAACUUCGGUCUCGAGCUUGGUUUUCCGGCCAAUCUCUUGGUUUCCGAUGCGUUUCCCGCUACUAACAGCUACUGUUUUUAUGGGAAUGCUGUUCUUUUGGAGCAUCGAUGGACCAGCUAUCAGAAACAGCAUCAGGGCGUGGCGUAACCGGCGAGAGUAUUCGGCCCUCAAGCUUCAAAGCCUAGAUAAUCUGCCUCAAUACGCCCUUUACAGCCCUGUCAAUGUGAUAGAGAACCAUCAGAAUCUUACUCAGAGGAGCUUCCAUGGCGAUGUUAAUCCGACCCACCUUAAUAGCAGCUUCCAUGGCGAUGUUAAUCCGACCCACCUUAAUAGCUCCCAUGGCGAUGUUAAUCUGAGCCACCUUAAUAGCUCCCAUGGCGAUGUUAAUCUGAGCCACCUUAAUAGCUCCCAUGGCGAUGUUAAUCUGAGCCACCAUAAUAGCUCCCAGUUGAGCCCUCUCUCGUCAGAAAACGUUCUCCGAUCAGACCCUGAUUCCUCUCGGAAUGCCACUCUGUCCGCCCGUAAGGAUAACGGGAAUAAGAAACGAGCUCCGAGAAUGGUUCAUCAUGAUUGGAUUUCUGCGACAUUGGAGCCAGACUUCACAUCGAAUCUCCUAUCUAGAUGGUUAGCUCCGGGUGGUGAAGAUUGUCGAUAUUCGGUGACUGAGGAGAUUAGAAUCCCAGGUCUAGAUGAGAGGAACCCAGUUGAAUUGUCUGCCGGAGAAAUUUACAGGUUCGUUAUCCACGCCGUGGAUGGGAAAGGGAAUCCACGCUGCUUGGGCGGAGACUAUUUUGAAACCGACCUUUCCGGUGAGCUAUGGAAGUCUCGACCGCCAAUAGGAGACCUCGGCAACGGCUCUUAUUCCUUCUCAUUUCAAGUUCAUCCCGACUUCUCCGGCGAAUACAACCUAACCAUUAUCCUCCUUUUCCGUCACUUCGAGGGCCUUAGGUUCUCGCCGGAGCGGUUCGUCUACCAGAGGGAGCUGCGUCGAUUCCCAAUCAGGUUCUUGAAGAGCAAUGCUCAACUGCCAUCGUUACGAAUCUGUGAGAAACCUGACUUCACCAAGGACGUCUGGUCCGGGCGGUGGACUAGAUUGGCCAAAAAGGACGAUUGCAAUAUUAGCAAUGAUGGUCGGUAUCGGUGCCUGGAACCUGAGUUCUCCUGCCAGAAGCCAUGGUGCGAGGGCUCGUUGGGUUCGCUGGAGAGCAACGGUUGGGUUUAUUCGAGCCACUGCGCGUUUCGGAUAUUCUCCACAGAGCUAGCUUGGGAAUGCUUGCAGAACCGAUGGAUUUUCUUCUGGGGCGAUUCGAACCAUGUGGACACGAUACGGAACCUGCUAAAUUUCGUUCUGGAUUUGCCCGAAAUCAAGUCGGUGCCGAGACGAUUUGAUACGAACUUCAGUAAUCCAAGGAACAAUACCCAGACGAUUCGAAUCACGAGCAUCUUCAACGGGCACUGGAUUGAGACAAAGAAUUACCAGGGACUGGAUUCCCUACAGAACGAAGGGUUCCGAGAUGUACUGAAGAACUUCUUCUCCUCCGAAGAAACCGUGCCGGACACAGUGAUUUUGAACUCGGGACUACACGACGGCGUCCACUUCAAGAACAUAAGGCAGUUCGCAGAGGCGGCGGAGCGUGCGGCUACGUUCUGGAAAGGAGUGUUGGAAUUGGUUAGUAAGAGGGGGAAGCGAGUGCCGGAGUUGCUUUUCCGGUCAACCAUCGCCACCGGUGGGUACGCGAGGAGGUUGAUGUUCAAUCCCAAUAAGAUGGAUGCCUUCAAUGGAGUGUUGUUGGAUAACCUGCGGCGCGUGGGGAUCGUGUCCGGAGUGAUUGACGAUUUCGAUAUGACGUACCCGUGGCACUACGACAACCGUUGUAAUGAUGGGGUCCACUACGGUAGGUCCCCCGCGAAGGCUAAAUGGACGGACGGUGAGAUCGGGCAUCAGUAUUUUGUUGAUCUCAUGCUGGGCCAUGUCAUACUCAACGCCCUCUGCGCAAGAUAGACAUCAGUAGUAUACUGUAUACUCUAUUGUAUACAUACGAUAUGGCAAAGGUAGGUCAGGUAGAACCUGUCAUACGAGGAGGCGAGUCAACUCGGAAGUGGAUUCGGAGCCGGGCCGAGUGGACUCCGAUGGCUGGACAGAACUAUAGAAGGGAGAGUGGAGAAUGGAGCUAUGGCCGAAUGAAGAGGUGGGGCCGGGGGCACAUGGGAGAGGGAAGCAAGCAGUGGGGUUGGAGCCCCUUAAGUCUCAAUUAUUCCAUGAGGGAUCUGUCGGUAACCAUGACCAUAUGUGACCACUGGAUUUUGCAUUCAGAUAUUUUCAGACAUUCUUUUUUUUCACUAUUUUUGUUCUUUUAUUAGUAUAUUUUUAUGUAUAAUGUUUUUAUAUUGGGAUAGAGUUUUCUGCCCGAGAGCUUCCCUCGGCUAUAAGACAUAGAGGCAUGAAGUGAUCAUCAGAAGGGCAAGCAUUGGGGAGCUCUCGAACGAAAUGCAUCUAUCUUUUUUUUUAUUUUACUAGCAUAAUUGAAAAAUCAGGUUUUGAUGAA